CACACACACACUGCUAAACACCAGAACUGUUGAAACCACAUCCAUAACAUUCAUCUACUACUUAGUAAUUAUUUAUCUAAUAUAUCAUUCAGCCUUGGCUGAGCUCCCUUUGUUAGUUAAAAGGGUUUGACCCAUGGGGGAGGGGUAAUGGAAGUGUAAAUAGUUUCAACAAACACACAGCUCCAGACAUACAGGAACAAAGAUCAACAAUAUCUGAUCCAAAGUAAAAUAGCACUACAUAUAUCAUAGCACAAUGUGAAUGUGCAGACAGUUAAAGUCUGCUCUCUAUUAGACCCCACCUGUGAACAUCAUUAACUCACUGAUAUAUAUUUUCUUCUUGACAGAUAAAAUGCAAAAAUCUUUUGGCUAUCCCUCCAUGCAGCCCCUGCUCUUCCUGUAAAGAGACUUGUGCCCCUACCAAAGGAGCUGAUGUUUCUGAUGCCGGAACCAUCCGCCCCGACACCAACAGAGACCAACAUCACUGUUCCAGUGGCUCCUGAGAUUUCUGCAGAGCCCUGUCAACCGACACUGCAUCCACCAGCUGCACCAACACAAAGUCAGCCAUUACCCAGGCCAUCAACGGUCCCCAGCUGUCCUCCUCCUCCUCCUCCUCCUCCUCCUCCUCCUCCUCCUCCUCCUCCUCCUCCGCUUCCUGCCUACAACCAGGAUGUCAGUCAGUGGAACUGUCCGUUCCUGUACGCAACCCUCUGAAGAUGGUGUCAUUGUGGCGUCGCCCUCCCCAGCCAGAGCUGAUUGACAGUGUUGAUGAUCUUCCCUGCGCCAAGUAUUUUCAGCUCCAUCCCUUUUUCAUCUGGAAGCCAGAAAAUGACAAUUUGAUGGGACGGCUGAGGAACAACUACACUCUGCCGUGUAUUGACGGCUGUGCUCAGCCUCAAAUUGCCUCUGCUGGUGUUGGUAGGCCUCGUGUGAUUGUCGGCAUCACCGGACAGUACUACUUGCUGUCUUCAAGGCUCUGCUGCAAAGUCUGCCGGAAGAGGUGGUAUGCCGACAACCCAUCCUGGCUGGAAAAGCUCCCCAAGAGGUUCACCAACCUGCUGCCAGCAGUACUGACUUACAAGAAAGCCAUCUGUAAGUCGGUACUGGACGAGCUCAGGCGCACCGGUAAGUCACCCACUGAUAUGGCAAAGCAGAUCACGGAGAUGAUGCACCUGAAAUAUGAACGGGCUGACCUGGCGUACCUCCUCAGCUGUAAGAACAUCAUGGAUGGUGAGGAAGGAAAGUACGACCAGAAGACAAUUACCCAGUUCCUUCGGCAAUUGUCUCCCUUUGGAGAGUAUGGGGACUCUGAUGGCUGGAACGGGAUCUCUGUGUCUGCACACUACCUGACAGACUGCCUCCUGUGUGUCUGUUAAUGCCAAAUUGUCAUCCUUUCUGUUGUUUAUAAUAAAGAUGUUUUCUUGAUUCAUA